AAAAACAAUAUAGAUAAUAAUAAUAAUAAUAGUGAUCCCAGUUUAUCAUCAUCACCAAAUAAAAAUAAUCAUCGUAACAUUCUUGAGGCUGACUCAAUUAAAAAUCUUUGGUCAGUUGAUUGUAAGAAUUUGUUUUCAUUAGUUUCCAAAGUUAAAGAAAUUUUAUUAAAGAGGGUGUCUAUGCUAGAGGAAACAUUUGAGCCAAGUUUUGGUCAAGAGUAUCAAGGUUUAGUGUCUCUAUUACGUGAUGGUCAAUUAUUUAAAGUUAUUACAAAGUUUCCAGAAAUUAGUGAAUUAGAGUAUGAUUAUCAUAAUGAUAAAAAACUUUACCCUCUUUUUAAAAAGUACACAGAAUAUAUGAGAAGGUUCGGUUUUAAUAUUAAACAGUUUAUUAUUGAACCAAGAAAGCUAAGCUCUCAAAUUUCUUCAUACACUAAUCUUUUCAAGAAAAGAACAUUAGAAGAUGGUUCCAUUUUUAUGUUUGGAAAUACCUCAGUAAAGAAAUCUUUUAAACCAUUAAAAUUAAUUCAAACUAUUUCAAAAUCAACUGUUAGUUCAAGUAGUAAUGGUAGUAAUAAUAGUAGUGGCAACAGUGAAAGCGAAGAUGAAGAAAAUGGAGGUGAUGGAAGUGAUACAAAUAGUCUUAGCGUUGCUGGUAUUUCUCUUGGUAGUAACGAAUCUUCAAUGAUAAGCAAAUAUUAUAGACACAGCACUGGAGACAUAUUAGAAAGUAUUCAAUUUAUUGGUUAUUUUAGAUUACACAGAUCCAUAGUUUUUAAUAUUCUCUUUGAGGAGUAUGCAUUAGAAGAAAAGAAUUUAAACUCAAUUAUAGUAUCUUUAAAGAAAUUCUUUCAACAAUUGGUUCCAAAAUCAGAUAUAGAUUCAAUUAAAAUUUCGAUGAAUCCAUUGUUCGAAAAAAUUAUCAAUGACUCAUCAAUUGAUUUCAAACGAGAAGUUAUAUUAAUAUACAAUUAUUUAUAUUCAAAAAAUAUUAGCUUGAAUCAUAGUAGCACCAAUUUAAAUUAUUUAAAUAGUAGUUUAAAUAGCUCUCAGGUACCAUCACCCCCACAACUAGAUCAACAAGAUGAAGACCAAGAAGAGUUUGAUAAGGUUUAUCAAGAAAUUAUUAAAAUAUUUGAUAAUUCAAAAAGAUAUUUUGUUUUUUGUAGAGAUAUUGACCAUUUUACAAAUUAUGUCUCAAGAGAGUCAAAUUAUUUAGUUAUUUCAAAUAUGGAAGAUUUUAAUAAGCAAGUGGAAAUGUUAAAGAAUGAAAAGUUUGUGACAAGUAAAGUUUCCCAAGAUAUUGAAAAUAAAAUUUCCAGUUUGGUUGGUGGUUUAAACUCAAUUUAUCACCUACAAUUAUUUCAAGGUAUAAACAAACAGUUGUUAGAUUGGUUCUCAAAGUUUAAUGAUAUUCAAAAUUUCGUGUCCCAAUGUCAAAUGAUUAAUGAUCGUAUAUCUAUGGAAUUGGAUAGAUCAGAGAAUAGUAAUUUAAUUAACAAUGCAGAUUAUGCUUUUAAAUCGAUUCAUCGUUUCGUUCAAUACUAUAGAGUUUAUAAAAGAUCUUUAAAAAACGAGCAAGAAAGUAGUGUUCCAACAGUAAGCAAAACUAUAUUUUCAACAGUUUCCCAGUUCUUUGAAACAAGUUUCACAAAUGAAGCACCAUCAUCUUACAGUAUUUUACAAACCGUAUCUAAAAAUAUUGAAAAGAUUAAAGUUAUUUUCGAAUCAUAUACUUUAGAUGAUUCAAAGAAUAUUGUCAAAAUUGUUCAAUUAAUUAUUAAAGAGAAGUCAAAAUUCAUUUCAUAUACAACUAAUGGUCAACCCGGUUGGUUUAUUCAAGCACAUGGUUCUACUGUUACUUAUGGUCAAGAUUUAAUUGAUGAUUUAUAUCGUGGUUUAGAGUUAGGCUCAUUAACUGAUAAAGAGGGUUAUUUUGAACAAUUUAGAAAGCUUUACCUCAAUAUUAGAAAGAUUCAUAAAAUUCAUUUACAACUCGAUUCAAUUUAUCAUCCAGGUUAUCCAAAUGGCGAAAUUGAAGUUAUUAUAGAUUGUAGUUUAGAAGAUACAAACCCAUUAUCACUUUGUAAAAAGAUCGUUGAUCUUAAAGCCGACUGCAAAGACUGGAGAGAUAAAAUGAAGGAUUUACCAUCACAACUUUUAUUACUCAAAAAGAAGGGCAUUUCUUCAUUUUAUUCAAAGGUUGACAAAUAUUUAAAUACUAUUUUUAUAACUCAAAACCAAGAAACCAUGUCAAAAGAUAAUGCCUAUAUAUUCAGUUCAUUAAUAUAUCCAUUCGUCAAGUAUUGUUUCCCAUUAAUAGAAAUUGAUGAGGCCUUAAUCUUUACAACUAUAAACAAGAACAUCUUACUAAAAUCAACUAAAGAUACAUUUGAAUUUUUAAAGAUAUUUUUCAAUUUCUUAGAACCAGAACUCAAAUUAAAAUUUAAUUUCGAAUUAAAUCCAUCAAGUGAUAAAAGAUCAUCUCAAAUAUUAUCUUCAUCCUCAUGUUCUACAAUACAGGCACCAACAUCAACUUCAAUCAUUAACUCCUCAUCAUCAAACUUAAUAAUUUUAAAAUGUGAUAGCUUUGAAAAUUUAUACAAUUCAUUAUUUUUAGCAAAUAAUAAUAAAGCACCACAUCCAUCACAGCUACUCUAUACCUCACCAAAUGAAUCAUUCGACUUCAAUUAUUUUAAUGAAAUCCAAGCAUUAAAUUUAAAUUUAAAUUACUUUUUAAUUGGUAUACCACAAAACAAGGAUGAAUUAUUUAUUUGGAUCUCUAAAAAAUAUUUUUCCUCAAUCGGAAGUUCAUCACCAAAUAGUAUCCAACAAAGUAAAAUUUAUAUUGUAACAACCGAAAAUAGAGAAUUGGUUGAAUUUUUUAAUAAUAUCAAACAGAUUGAAGUUAAAGGUGCUGAUUGGAGCUGUUUUAAGAACUAUUGGUCUUUGGUCCAUACUACAGUUGGCAUUAAUUCUUUAUCGAUUUUAAUUGGUAAUGGUAAAACAUAUUAUAUUCAAUCAGAAAUUAGUGAAAAAUCAAACAAAGAGAAUUCUGUAUUUAUUCAGGUUCAUAUUAGACCCAAAUGGAACUGCAGCAAUUUAAUUGAUCAGUUAACUGGCUUGUUGAAGAAUAAUAUUGGUAUCCAAAGGGUAUCUCUUUAUAUUUAUAUUUCAAGUUUCUAUGACUUUAAUAGCUUUAACAUCUUUAUCUACCCAUUAAUUACCUAUGGUUUCAUUGUUGCCGAAAAUGGUGAUAUUUUCAACCUAUCCGGUAGAUUUUUAUUGGACAUUUAUGUGGAAGUGGGCUCUAUGUUAGAUGAAACUGGUUUACCAAAUGACUUACAAUCAAAUAAUCAAAUUUCAUAUGAAAAAUAUGUUAAAAAAUCAAUUCCAUUCCUUUACAAUAUUGGCAAAGUUCAAGACUCAACAAAACCAUGGAAAAUUAGUGAUUUAGAAAAGAAAUGUUUCCGUUAUCUAUAUUACCUAAAAGAUUUCAAUUUUGACUAUGAAGGUACAAUAGAGUUUUAUCAAAAACCACAGCUUGUUAACACCAGUGCCAUGGAUAAAGAGGGUUAUGGUCUAGUCGAGUUUAUUAAUGACCUCAAAACAUUAUUAGUAAAGCAAUUUCCACAACAAUGGGAAUCAAAAAUAUUACCAUACACUCAUUUCUUAUCAAACAACAAUUUUUUACACGAAAGAAAAAUAUUCUUUACUUUACUGUCAGAAAAACUAAACUACAUGGACGUUUACAUUGACAGCUCCAUUGGCCAUUGCGGUAAUAUCGGUAAUCUACUUCCAUGGAUCCUUUUAGAAUGUCUAAUGCUAUCAUGUCCUAACUUUUCAAUUGUUUCAAGUAAAAAUAUUUGGAGUAAUCCACCAACCAUUUCAAAGACCCAUUUAAAUAUGAUUCAAAAAGUUCGAAUUCUUAAAGAUAGAGUUGAAGCCACCAAUGUCCAUCCAUUAGAAUUUAUAGAUUUCGAUAACAAUAUGGAAAAUUACUCAAAAGUAGUUGACAAAUAUUCAGCUCUCAAUUUAAUUGAAGAGGAAUGGAAACCACAUAUUUUUAAUCUUAAAAAAUCUGUUGAAAAAAGAGACGAAUUCUUCAAAUUAGUUGCUAAAUUCUUUAAAAUAUACGACAAUAAUAACAGUAUGAUCAUCUCAAAGAUAUGUUCCGAUUCAGGCUAUAUUUUAACACCAGAGUUUGCCCUCAGACUAAUUAUUCUACAUGAUCGUCUUAGAUCUGGUAAAUCAGUUGUUCUAAAUGGUGACACGGGUGUGGGUAAAACUAAAAUGCUUCAUUUCUAUUCUUUAAUUCUCAAUUUCCAAUAUGUAGAAGAAACCCAAAAAGAUUUUAAUGCUAAAUUGGUAGAUGAAAUAAACAAAAUUAUUGAUAAACGUGAAUCUGUCACACCAAAGAUUAAAAGUAUAGCUCAUCUUCAUCGUAUUCCUGAAGUAAUAGACGAUCUAUUUAAAGAGAAGCCAAUUGCUGCAAAAGAUCUAUUAAAUGGUUUGGUAGAGUUUAUUUUAAAACUCUUAGAUAAGAAUCAUUUAGUUCAUAAAAACCAUCCACAAUUAGAAUAUUACCGUCAAAAGUAUAUGUAUAGAGCUGUUUCAUUAGACGAUGCUAAAAUGUUCUCGAAAUUAGCCUGUAACCAACUAAAUUACAUCAAAGUCUAUCACAGAUUUAUAAUGCAUCUCAAAUUCACCUCAAUUCAAUUCAAACAAGCAUUAGAUGGUAUCUUUGUCGAUGCCAAUCAUUUAUUAACAAUGAAAAGCGAUAUCAAGAUCUUAGUAUUUAUUGAUGAAUUCAAUACCAGUCCAACAGACACCUUAUCUUUAAUUAAUGAAAUAUUUAUGGAUAAGUCUUGUGAUGGUGUACCAAUACCUUCAAACGUUUACUUUAUUGGUGCCAUGAAUCCUCUAACAAAACUUAAUAACAACAUUAUUCAAAAUGAAUCAAAUAGCAUUUCACUAUCAGCAUCAUCAAGUUCAAUUCCAACAGUUUCAUCCACAUCAAAUGAUUCAGAAUUAUUGUUUAAUAAAGAACUAAACCCACUAUUAGAUUUCACAGGUGUUGAUGAUAAUGAUCCACAACGUGAUCAUGUGUUUAUGGUUCAACCAACUCCGCCAUCAAUGAACAAAAUCAUAUUUAAUUUUGGUCAAUUUAAAGAAGAAAAUGAAAUUCCUUUCUUAGAAUGUUUAUUUGAAAUCAAACAUAAUGAUUUAGACAAAGAAUAUAGUAGACAUUUAAAGACAAUCAUAAUCGAAUGUCAAUCUUUCCUCAGAAACCCAUUUAUUAUCAAUAGUAAAAUUCAUCCCUCAAUUCGUGAUAUAAUGAGAGUAUCCAAACUCUACGAAUUCUUUACAACUCACUCCAUUGGUGUACAAAUGCUUAUAUCAACUAGUUUCUUUUCUGAUGAAGAAAGAUCAAUUUUCUUUUUAGAAAAAAAUAAACAACAAACUUUAAAUCUAUCAUUGUCAAGCUCAUCAUCUGGGAUAAAUGUUCCCCAAUACGUAGUACCAACACAUCUUUUAAACAAAGAUUAUUUACAUUGGUUAUCAAUUAUAGCUACUGUUUUUGUUGCCUACUAUCUUCGUAUUCCUGUUGUAUAUAGAAAGAAAUUCAAAGAGGUUUUAAAUAACUGUUUCAAUAAACUAUUACCUCCAAAUUUAUUGUCCUAUAAAUCAAACAAUCAAAAUAAGAACAAAGCUAUUGGCUUCUCAAAGGUAUGCAAAGAAGUAUUAAGAGCAUUUUCAGAAAAGAUAAAAUCAAAAAUCCCAAAGGGUGUCGCUCUUACUCAAUCAUUACAACUAAAUAUUUUUACAAUGAUAAUUUCAAUAAAUUCUUCAAUUCCUUUACUUAUCAUUGGUCCACCAGGCAAUAGCAAAACAUUAGCAGUAUCAUUAGUUAUUGAUAUAAUGAACGAUAAUAAUAUUGGUAAUUCAUCUCAACAAACACAACCACAAACUCAAUCAUUAUCUUCAUCGCAAGUCUUACACUCUUCUUUAUCAACUACCAUAGGCGGUAAAAUUACAAAUAUAAAGAAUAAACAAUUCGACUACAAUAAUGGUUUUGUUGAUAUGUCAAGUAUAUAUACAUUAAAAUAUCAAUGCACUCCUCAUACCUCGGAUGAAGAAAUCAAAGCUAAAUAUACACAAGCUAUAGGGCAUCAAGACUUUUUCCAAAUGACUAAACAUGUAGUUUUUCUUGAUGAAGCUGGUUUAAUUAAUGAAUAUCAAAAUCACUCGCCAUUAAAAAUUCUCCAUGGUUAUUUAGAUAAAGAACAACAUAUGUCAACUGACCAAAAUAUUAGUAAUAUUGAAACCAUUAUCUUAUCAAAUAAAAUUUUAGAUGCUGCAAAAAAUAAUAGAAUGUUAAUUCUCUUCCAUUCAGAUACCAUCCACGAAAAAGAUGAAGAAAUUUUAGUAUAUACUUGUUUACCUAUGAUCCAGAAAAUAAGCGAUAAAAAAGAACAACUCAAAAUUACCCAAGCUUUAUGUAAAGGUUAUAGACUAUCAAAUCACUUCACCAAAGAUACUAAGCCCAAUCUAUUCCACCAAAGAGAUUUUGUAUUUUUCCUACGUCAUCUUAAUAGAACAUUAGAAGUACUUGACACUACAAUUAUUACACCAGAAAUUUUGAUGGAGUCAUUAGAAAGAAACUUUAAUGGUAUUCCAUUCAACAAAUUCAAAGAGCUCUCAUCGCUAUUCCUCAGAGAAUUUGGUUUCGAUACAAAGAGUAAAUCAAUCGCUUCUUUACUAAAUACAGAAAAUACAAUUAUAAGAAUUAAAGAAUCCUUAAGUGAAAAACUAGAUUUAACAAAUAAUCCAAACAAUUCUGCUUUUCGUUUCAUUAUGGUUAUUGACCCAUCCAAUAAUGAAUCAUCUUUAAGAAUCUUAAGAGAAAUAUCUUCAAAUCCAAAGGUUAUUCGUGUUGGUGGCUUUAAAGAUGACCAAACCAUUAGCUCUUUAGUAGAUCUAUUCUCUGAAAUUAAAAAAGAAAUGUCUUGUGGUGGUACUGUUAUUAUGGUUAAUACCUCUAUCAUUGAUCAAUGUUUCUACGAUGUCUUUAAUAGGUACUUUAUUACCCUUUCUUCAGCAGAUAAUGAAACUUCACUUUGGGCUACUAUUUCAUUUGGUACUCAUACUGCACAUCAAAAGGUUCAUCCAAAUUUCAAAAUUAUUGUUUUACAACCGCUCUCAAAUAUUAAAAAUGUGCAACUUCCUUGGCUUAAUCGUUUCGAAAAAUAUUUUGUUACAACCGAAACCUAUAUACGUUAUUUCCUCGAAAAUAAUUGCACUCAAUUCGACAAAGAUAUCUAUCACAAUUUAUUGAAUUCAAGUAAUCAAUUAAUAUCCCAUUUUAACCAAAACGAAAAACAUUAUCUAUAUGGUUACCAAGAAAAAGAAACCAUAACCUCUAUCAUCUAUAGCUAUAUUAAAUUCAAUCUUAAUAGCAAAUCAAAUGAUGGCAAAAACAAUGAAAAGAAAUAUUAUAGUUCAUAUAUUUCAGAUAUUAAUGACUCACUAUCACCAAUAGGUCAAAUUAAUUUGAAAUUACUUCAACUUGGUAAACCGGAUACCAUUUUUCAUUCAAACUUUUUACCUUCAAACUAUAUCAAAGAGUAUUUAUUAGGUCAGGAGCAUUUUAGUAUAUUUAGAUUUUUACAACAAUUACAACAGCCACAUUGUACAAACAAAUCGUCAAUCUACACUAUUUAUACAAGAUCAUCGAUUGACCUCUUUAAUAUUAAUGAAGAGCUAUUAAAUUUAGAAUAUUAUAAAAAUCAAAAUAUACCAAACUUUAAUUCAAAUAUUAGAUUUAAAAAACUUUUCAAAGUAUUCCAAUAUAAUAGUUUUAAAUCAAGCUUUUCAUUUAAAAAGAAAUUUAAUGAAUUUUUAAAUAAUGAAUUUUUGGGAAAUAACGAAAAUGAAAUUCAAACUGCAAUUUUUGUUGCCGAUAUGAAUGAAAUUACAAAUUCCCAAAUUAACUUUAUUACAAAUCAUUUAGAUAAAUCUGUAGUAGAAUCUCACAAAAAGAAUGUUGUUAUUAUUUGCCAUUAUCCCCACGAACUUUGGAUUUCCAAUCAAGUUAAAUUUGGUGUUAACUACCUCCAUCAAAUGGAUUAUCUUUAUGUAGACUCUCUCGGUGUUAAAUUUGACUCAAAAGACCCACUUUCAAUUGGCAGCAAUGAAUCGUCCUCAUCCAUUUCAAAUUCAUCAUUUUUGGGUCCCUCAAAAGACUACAAUGACUCUAUAGACUCGGAUGUUCGUUCAUGGAUUGCUAAAGGAUGUGGCUUAGAUAUCAAUUUAAAUAUUGAAUCUAUCUAUUCAAUUUUAGAAAAAUCACUUUUACAUCAAAUUAAUGAUAUUAUUAAACAAAUCAAUAUCAAAUUUGACUCUGAAUAUGAAGAAGAGUACAACUUAACCACAGAUAACAAUAACCCAAAUGAAGAUGACGAAACCUCUUUCGAUGUUUUCGAGAUAAAAGAAGAUAUUUACGAAAUUUUUAGUAAACAUCCAGUUUGGUGUAAGGAGAUAAUUAAACUUUUUAUGACCAAGAGCGAACCUGCAUUAUCAUCAAAUAAAAACUAUAAUGUUUUCCAUACUAUUGUAUCAGAUUGCUCUCAAAUGAUUCUAAGCGGUUAUUCUAUGGGUAAAUCAUUAUCAGACUCAAUUAAAGAAACAUUAAAUAGAUACCUUCAACCAAUUGUAUUUAAAGUUUUACAUUCAAUUCUUUCACAGCAAAACAUUUCACAAUUAAAAUCGAUUGAAGUGGAUAGCGACCAAGAAAAUUUAAUUUUAUUAUUUAUCAAGAGUAUAAGAUUUAAUGAAAAGCCAAUUUCAUUGGACAUAAUUGAAAAGAGUAGAUUCGAACAAAUUAUAAUUAAUUACCAUUAUAAAGAAUCAAAUAUACCCCUAUAUGACUCUAUUUCCGAUUUUAUUCAAAACCAAAUCGAACAAAUUAUAAACCAACAGUCAAAGAAAGUCAAUAAUAAUAACCAUCACGAAAUUAAACCAAAAGAACUAAUGAAACGUUUAGAGGAAUCCAUUCAAUCCAUUCCUCCAUUUAAUGAAUUGGUUAAAUUUAUAGAAGAAAAUGAAGAAAUUAGGGAUUCAUUUGUUGAAGAUUUUGUAAUUAGAUCAUUAAAAAUCUUAAAACCAAGUAAAUGGAUGAAACUAUUCAGAGAUAUAAUCGAUUUAUUGACAAAACAAAUCAAUGGCCAUUCCUUCCUUAAAUACUUUGUCCUUUUGCACUACCAACAACCCCUAAUUGCUUUCUUAAAUGAUAUUACCGAUUGUCUUUAUAGCAUAUUCGAAAAAGAUAACAAAAAGAAUAGGGACCAAUUACAAAAAGAACUUUUAGCAAGUAUCAAAAGUAAUCCAUAUAAUGAAACUUUAAUUCAAAUGGAGAUUAUCAAGCUUAUCGUCAAACGUUUCGAUUCAAGAUUUUUAGAAUUUUAUAAUGAUAAAAAGAAACCUAUUGAUGAAUUUAUUUCGUCAUUAGGGGAUUGGACAAUGGAAUUAUCAAUCAUAUUUAAUAUAAUCUCAAUGAAUGAUAUAUUCAAAAACCUUAAACUUUUAGAGCAACCAUCAGAGUCAACAAACACCAACAACACCAUUGAAAACAAUGAAGAUCAAGAAAUUUCAUUUUUAUCAAAAGCAAUUAAUAUUCAUUACAACUAUCAAAUUGCAUUAUCAAUUUUCAUUAAUCAAGAAAGCACAAACAAAAAUGAUUUCCUCACCCAGUAUAAUCUUUCAUUUACUGAAAUUUUUGAUAAAUGCAAAUCGAAAAAACACUUAAUGUUAAAUAUACUCAAACCAAUUAUUCCUCUUAAAAUUCAAAACAUUACAGAAUUCUUAAUGAUAUACAACUCUCAACUUUAUCACCAUCUUUUACCAGACGAUUGGAUCAAACAAGUUAUCUGUGAUGUAUUUGAAAAGACUACCACAAACGAAAUUGAAGAUAUAUUUAUGAAAAUUAAAGAUACAAUCGAACCAAUGACAUUCAUCCCAGAAAUUUAUUUAAACCAUUUUGAUUGGUUCAAUAUUAGAAUAGUAACCCAAUAUAGAUUUGUUGCUCCAAACAACUAUCCAUUAAUUCAAGCCCUUUAUCGUUCUCUUUUAGAAGUAUCAAGAAACAGUCAAAAUGGCAACAAUACUAUUACCCAAGAGAAAGUUAAUAUAAAUGACUUAAUCAAAUAUCAACUUAAAGAGGAAACACCGUUUUCAAAAAUGAAAUCUAUUGUCAUCUCUCGAAAUUUAAUGGAUAGAUUAAUUGACCAUCUUUAUAUUUGCUAUUCUGGUAUCAAUAAUAAUGAAAUUAACGAGAAAUUAUUAAAAAAUAACAUCUCAACAUUUAAAGAUUCUUUAUAUCUUACAUUUAUACUCAAUCCAGAUAACGAAAAUAAUUAUAUCCAAAAUCUUUUUAAUCAACUAUACCUUUUAAACGAAUUAAAAUAUAUCAGUGAAAAGCAUUUAGACAUCCUUUUAAACAAUCAAGAUCUCUUAGAUUUAUUAGGUUUAUCAAAUAUUUCAAAACUCCACCAAACAGAUAAUGAAACCUACCUUCUUUUGAUCAACAUUAUUAAAUCAUUUGUUGAUGACCGGGAAACAACUGAUAAGAACAACAAUUUUAUUUACCGUUAUCAAGAACCAAAAACAGGCUCCAAUGCUAAAUGGUUGCAACCAAAUAACUUUAUUGAUAGUGAACUAUUUAAUCAAGAGUUUAAACUAAUGAAAUUCUUUGAAGAAAAUUUAAAAACACUUUCAUUAUCAACAUAUUUCCCAAAGAUUAUCAAAUUCUUAACAUUAUUUAGGAAAUUCUUUUUCAAGAGAUUACCAAGAGAUUAUAUUCAUAAAACUAUUGGAGAAGCAUUCGAAUAUUUAUUAGAAUCAUUCGAAAGUAAAGAAUCAAUUUCACCAUUACUAAACUCUUGGAACCAAUGUAAAGAGUCAUUCAAUGAAUAUUUAUUACUUAUCAAUAGUAACAACACAAGCCAAUUACUUCAAGAUGAAUUACCUAUAUCAUCAAUUGUUUGUCAUUAUAGUUUUAUUGGUGGUUUUUCGAGUAGUAAUAAUAAUAAUAAAUUAAUCAAAGACAUUUUAAGCAAUCAAAUUGAAGAAUGGAAAAAUAUAGUUAGAGAUUUACUUUUAACAAAAGACAACUAUUUAAAUGAAAAUGAAUCAUACAUUAGAAUCCAAUUUAAACAAAUUUUCGGUUUACAAUUAAAAAAUCAAUUCAGAAACUAUAUUGGUUCAAAUUUCCUAGAGUACUUUAGAUUUUUAAAUGACAUCAAGAGUUAUUACAAAAAAGAUCAACAACAACUUAACCAAGAUUCAAUUAUAAUCCAAAAUAAAAUUAUUGCAAACUUUAUUUCUCAAAAGAAACUACUACCAGAUAUCAAAUCAAACUUAUUAAAUGAAGAAUUCCCAUUUAGCUGGAAGAAAACAACAUCAAAUAAUUCCUUGUCACAACAAUCUAUCAUUAACAAUGAUAAUAUUUAUCCAGAUACAAUAAAAACAUUAAAACAAUUAUUAAAUAAUGGUUUAGAAUAUGAUCUAUCAACUCAAUUCCACGAUGAAGAAUUUAAAGAAAUUUGUAAAACUAUCCCAUUUAAUCAAUUAACUUCAAUUUCUGAAUAUUUAGUUGAAUCAAUUCUACUUUUUACCAACCUCGAUAACCAUAACAAUGGUAUUGCAAUUCUUUCAAAGAAAAUUUCGGAAUUUAAUCCACUAAAUCCUGUUAUCCAUUCAUUGUUGCCAGAAGAAUUUAUAAAACUUAUUGAAAUUACUCCAAUUUCAUCAAUUUUCCAAAUAGCCAAACAUGUUAUCAACAACUGUAGUAUCUUUGAUAGAUUAUAUACUGGAAUUAUUCACGAGCCUAAAACACUAGAUGAAAUCCAUGUAGACAACAUUAAUCAAAUCGAAAUUAAAAUUAUUUCCUCUAUCGAGACAAAUCCAAAAUAUCUCUAUCAAUGGGUCGAAACUUUAAGUGGUAUUAUUACAUCAAUGUCCUUAUCUCAAGUCAAACAAUUGGUAUCAAAUCAAAAGAUUAAAUUUAAAGAUUUAGCCGAUAGCUUUAUAAAUUCAUCAUUAAUUUAUGACUUUUCAAUUAAUUUACCAAUUUGCUAUUACCCACUCUUCAUGAGAUCAUUGGUUAAAACACUUACACAUCUUCACCUAAAAUCUAAUUACACAAAUAACCAUAUUAGUAAAGAACAAUAUCAAGAACCAAAUUGGGAAUUUAAACAAAGACCAAUGGAGACUAUUAAUAAAGCAUCCCCUAAAGAAAACUUUAUUAUUAAUAGAAACACAAAGAAUUUAUCCAUUUUAUCCUCAAGCAAUAUUAUCAAAAAAGAAUCACCUCAGAAUCAACCAAAUAUAAUUAAAAAUGAUAAUAUUACUAUACCAAGUAUUAUAACCACUCUAGUUAAUACAUCAAUCCAAAAAGAAGAUACCACUAGUUCUAUGCAAUCACCAUUGACCCCAAUUCUUAAAAAUGAAAAAAUUCAAUCUCCAAGAUCUAUACCCCAAACCUCAAUAGCCUCGUUUAACAAUAACAAACAAGACUCAGACUCGACAACCCCAACUCCAACUACAACUACAACUACAGAAACAAGCUAUAAUUUAUUUAAUCUAUAUGAUAGAGAAUUAUUUAUUAAAUUUUUAAAUGAAAAAACCAAAUUUGCUGAUGAUUUUAAAAAGAAUUUGACCGACUUGGGUAUAGAUUGUUUUUCAGUUGUUUUAAAUUUAAAGAAAGAAGAUUGGCUAUCAGUAAAAAUUCCAUUAGCCAAAAGAAACGAAUUAAUUAAUCUUACAAAAUUAGAAGUGCCUCAAAAUAUAAAGAAAGAAUAUCAAUUCCCCGAACCAUUAGAUCUUCAAUGUUCCCAUACAUUUAAUACUUUUCUCGAUUGCAUAAUAGGAGAAGAUAAAAACAAAGUUGUGGAAGAAUUAGGUUUUGAAUCACUAAUCAGUAUGAUUAUCACUGAUGAAAGUGGUUGGGAUGAAUUAACAUCAGAACUAUUAAUUAUAUUAAAACCGAUUACAACUUUCCAUCUUAUGAAUCAAUUAAAAGAAAUUAAAUUAAAAUAAAUGUUUUUUUAAAAUUU